UCAAUGGAAUCCAUUCUGCCUCGGUCAGACUCGAGAGUAUCGAGAACUCUGUUCACUAAUCUUGGCAUUACCAAUGAGAUCCUUCCUUUUUACGGGUACGCAGACCAGUGUAGUCAGUUGAUGUCACAGUUGAGGAGCCAGUCGAGACAUUUGUGGAAGGAUAUGGAUAAUAUUCAGAAGUGGUUCAAACAUUUGGCUCAGGUCAAGAGAGUCAUUCGUGUUGAUGAUGCAAGAAUAUACCAAUAUUUGAACCAGAAUAGGAGAUAUUCUAUGUUUAAGAUUGAACUCUGGUUCAGGAAGACAGCAGAUUUCAAGAUGUUCGAUGAGUUCCUGUCCAAUUCUGAGGAUGGAAGUAUUUGAAAAGCAAACCUGAUUGAAAUCACAAAGGUUUACCUCCCAAGCCUUUCCGGUGUUGUUGCAGAAGAGUUCAUUACAAUUUUUCUUGAACGUAUUAAUAAGCCUGAACUUGUGUCUGAAAUGAAGCAGGAAAAUUGGGGGACUACCAAAGUUCUCAAAAUCCCUUCAUUAUUCCAAUUUCCAACCCUUACCUAUUCUUCAGACCAAAACGGAGUCUAUGUGCUAGAUAGUAGGAUUACAGAGAUACCAAGUCAGUUUAUUUCUAAAGGAAAGAGACAUGAAUCGCUCGAGUUCCAGUGCAAAACUGUGUAUAACAUUCAUUUGGGAGAACAGUACAUAGACAAACUGAAGAAUGUGCAUACCUUCACAAAAGACCAAAACAGAAACCUGAAAGAAGUACUAUUGAGUGUGGGCAGAGAUGCCUCUGUCCAGAUAACAGAAUCAAGUUUGGAAGAAAUUAUUGUAAACGUGAACAAAAAGAUGCCUGGAGCAGAUCUAAUCAGAGUAGACACAGAGACUAUUUGCUUCUUACCAAUAAAUCUGCUGAAUUUGUUAAAGCAGUUUAACUCUAAGGUGAUUAUUGACACAGAGAAGAUCAAGGAGAGUAUAAAGGUCAAAACAGCAUCUCUGAACGUCAUUGAAGAUGACAAAGUGCAACAUGUGGUUUUUAAAGAUUGCGCAUUUAAUAUUGGCAAGGAGACUGAGAUGGUACUGCUCGACGAUGGCUUUGUUUAUGUUAAUAUUGUUGAUCAGUUUUAUGGAGAGCUGGUCAAGGAGGAGACAAAGGGACCUGAUUUGGACUUGAUGGAUAUUAUUGACGAGUAUAUGCCAAGUGGGAUGUUCUCUCCUUAUCCCCCUGAUUUGGUGACUAGCUAUGGAAUAGUAUUUAAUGUCAAGGAUCUUCAGAAGGUGCUGAUCAAUGAUCCAGUUAUUUUAAAGAACAUUACAGAUAAGGAACUGCUGAAUAAUUUAUGUAUUGAAAGAAUUGAGAAAAUUUUAAAAGAAUAUGAAUCGUGGCCAAUAUUGCCUCCUCCUAAUGGGCCAAAUACUCAAAUAAUCCAGAAAACUUGUUCAGUCGAAAUUGACAUUGGCACAAGCUUAAUGGUUAAAGACUUGAGUAUUUUCUUUGAUCUCCUCACCAAAGAUUAUUCAUAUCUAAAGAUUGAUUCUAUUAGUAGUUUCUAUUAUAUGGAGAAAGAAAGAGCCCAUGCUCUUAAUAACUUGUUCAAGUCAAGUUCAGCUUCUGAAGGUCCAAUUUCAAAUCAAAGAUAUAUCAACAAGCUGAACCUCAAGGUUGCUUUUGAAGAGGAUUUGCUUGAGCUGCUCCAAGUUCUAUCAAAAUAUCCGGUACUGGACAUAACCAUCACCUAUGACGGAGAAGUCACUGAAGCCUUAAUUUCUAACACGAAAGCCUUUAUGGUAAAAUACUUCAAUAGAACAAUCACACUCCAUUGUGAAGACCAGACUCUUACCCAAGUAAAGCACCUAGCUACAGAUCUGAAGGAAGAAAGUCUCUGGAAUGAUCUAGCUGACGAAUACUAAAACCCAUCACUCAAUUUAUUUAUCUUAAAA